ACCCCCCCCCCCCCCCACCCCCCCCCCCCCCCACCCCCCCCCCCCCCCACCCCCCCCCCCCCCCACCCCCCCCCCCCCCCACCCCCCCCCCCCCCCACCCCCCCCCCCCCCCACCCCCCCCCCCCCCCACCCCCCCCCCCCCCCACCCCCCCCCCCCCCCACCCCCCCCCCCCCCCACCCCCCCCCCCCCCCACCCCCCCCCCCCCCCACCCCCCCCCCCCCCCACCCCCCCCCCCCCCCACCCCCCCCCCCCCCCACCCCCCCCCCCCCCCACCCCCCCCCCCCCCCACCCCCCCCCCCCCCCACCCCCCCCCCCCCCCACCCCCCCCCCCCCCCACCCCCCCCCCCCCCCACCCCCCCCCCCCCCCACCCCCCCCCCCCCCCACCCCCCCCCCCCCCCACCCCCCCCCCCCCCCACCCCCCCCCCCCCCCACCCCCCCCCCCCCCCACCCCCCCCCCCCCCCACCCCCCCCCCCCCCCACCCCCCCCCCCCCCCACCCCCCCCCCCCCCCACCCCCCCCCCCCCCCACCCCCCCCCCCCCCCACCCCCCCCCCCCCCCACCCCCCCCCCCCCCCACCCCCCCCCCCCCCCACCCCCCCCCCCCCCCACCCCCCCCCCCCCCCACCCCCCCCCCCCCCCACCCCCCCCCCCCCCCACCCCCCCCCCCCCCCACCCCCCCCCCCCCCCACCCCCCCCCCCCCCCACCCCCCCCCCCCCCCACCCCCCCCCCCCCCCACCCCCCCCCCCCCCCACCCCCCCCCCCCCCCACCCCCCCCCCCCCCCACCCCCCCCCCCCCCCACCCCCCCCCCCCCCCACCCCCCCCCCCCCCCACCCCCCCCCCCCCCCACCCCCCCCCCCCCCCACCCCCCCCCCCCCCCACCCCCCCCCCCCCCCACCCCCCCCCCCCCCCACCCCCCCCCCCCCCCACCCCCCCCCCCCCCCACCCCCCCCCCCCCCCACCCCCCCCCCCCCCCACCCCCCCCCCCCCCCACCCCCCCCCCCCCCCACCCCCCCC